AUGAAAGCCAAGACGGAGCCCACGCCGAACCCAAAGCCCACGACACCCGCGACGGCCGGCGCCUCCACGACGACCCCCACCGCCAGACGCGGCGGGAGACAGGCGGCGAAGAGGGGUCGCGGCGGCGCCUCCUCUGCCGCCAACACUCCGAAGGCGAACAACAACGCGAAGAGCAAUAGCGACGGCGAGAACAGCGAGAGUCAGACGGAGGGCGAGUCGGCCCGCAAGAGGGGACGGAAGCCGAAGGAACCCAUCAAAGAGGAGGACAGAUAUGUACCCAACACUGACUCCGCUAAGAGAGGUAUUAUGGCAGAGGGGAGCAGCUCUUUGCGACGCCGGGAUCAGAUCAAGUCGAAGGCCCGAUACUCUCCG